CCUGUCUCUUGUCAUACAUCUCUGCCCGUCAGAGGACUGCUGCGCUGUCCUCUUCUAGAGCUCGUGGGACAAAUGCUAAAGCUGUUAAACACUUAGCAAUAUGCCGGUUUGCGUUGUUCUACGAGCUUACUUUUUGAAACAUGACUCACCAUAAGACAAUAAUCAAGCCUGCCAGCAUCUGCUGCGUGCGUGAUCCAUAAGGAGUGAGAGGGGCAGCGGCGAGGAUGGAGCUCUCUGACGGCUUGUUGCUGCAGGUCGGCAACGGAGAGCAGUGGUGCAACCGCUGGAAACAUCCCAAUGAAGAUGUCGACCGCAGCACCAGUCCAUCAGUUCUGCGCUCUGUUGCCAGGACGUGGAAGGAGGGCCUGCUGAACAGAAAGAGGCCAUUUGUCGGCCGGUGCUGUCACUCCUGUACUCCUCAGAGCUGGGAACAGUUGUUCAACCCCAGCAUCCCAUCUCUGGGCCUACGUAACGUCAUCUACAUCAAUGAGACCCACACUAGGCAGCGGGGCUGGUUGGCACGUAGGCUCAGUUAUGUGCUGUUUGUUACGGAGAGAGACGUCAACAAGGACAUGUUUACCAGGAACGUGGUCGACAAUGUGCUCAACAGCAGCAGGGUGGAAGCUGCUAUUUUGAAGGUUGCAACUGAGGCGGAUGCUGUGGUAGGACAGCCUGGCCAUGAGCAUAAGGCUGUCAGUAAAGUGAAGCAGAAAGCCAGAGCCUUCCUCCAAGAGAUGGUGGCCAAUGUUUCCCCAGCAUUUAUUAGGCUGACAGGGUGGGUUCUUCUGAGGUUGUUUAAUGGUUUCUUUUGGAGCAUCCAGAUCCACAAAGGACAGCUUGAAAUGGUCAAGAAAGCUGCCUCAGAGAAAAAACUACCCAUGGUCUUUCUGCCGGUGCACAAAUCCCACAUUGAUUACCUACUCAUCACACUGAUUCUGUUCUGUCAUAACAUCAAAGCCCCCCACAUCGCAGCGGGAAACAACCUCAGCAUCCCAAUCCUCAGCACUGUGAUCCGUAAACUUGGUGGAUUUUUCAUACGGCGGAGAAUGGAGGAGACGAGGGAUGGAAAGAAAGACAUUUUGUACAGGUCGCUCCUCCAUGCCUACACAGAGGAGUUAUUAAGGCAACAGCAGUUUUUGGAGGUCUUUCUGGAGGGUACCCGGUCCCGCAGCGGUAAGCCCUUUUCAGCACGUGCAGGCAUGCUGUCCAUCGUGGUCGACACGCUGUACACAGGGGCAAUCGGAGACGUGCUGGUCGUGCCAGUUGGCAUCUCAUAUGACCGAAUUAUUGAAGGCAACUACAAUAGUGAGCAGCUGGGGAAACCCAAGAAGAAUGAGAGUUGGUGGGGGAUAGCCUGUGGGGUAUUUAGGAUGCUAAGGAAGAACUAUGGUUGUGUUCGAGUGGAUUUCAACCAGCCCUUCUCCCUAAAGGAGUACUUGGACACCCAGAGGAGCCGUCAUAUUCCCCCACCAGUGUCUCUCGAAAAUGCCUUGAUGCCAUACAUCAUUUCUGCACAGCCUGAUGGUCAGUUUGAAGAGCAGGAGGAGGAGGAGAUGGACAGAGAGGUCCCUGAUGAACUCUUUAGACGACAUGUCAUCAACAACCUGGCCAAGCAUGUCCUCUUCAGUAAGAACUUUAUAAACUAAUAUUAGUUCUUUUGC